UGAAAAGAAAUGUUAUAACUAAAAUAUAAAGUAAGUGCAAUGGAAUUAGACUUUGAGGUGGAACAUGAAGACCUAAUUUCUGAUGUGUGACAGAUGAUAUAUCAGGCAAUUAAGGAGAUUAUUUUGUUCAGGCAGUUGCAAUAGGGAGAAUGUUCACUAAUGGGAAACCUCUUGAAGAGGAAGGAGAAAAGGUAGGGAUUAAUAAAACAAGGGAGUCAUCAAGGGAGGGUAGAAGUAGGUCCUAUUUGGGAAUUGUAUUUGAGUUGGUCCUUUCUGGUUAACCGUUUCUUGGUUUAAAACAGGGUGUGGUGCUUAUCCAUUCUGGCCUUCUGAGAGCACUCAGGGCUGAGAUAAAGUGUAACACUGUCAGACGGAACAACAUUACGAACAUUUGUAUUAAUAAAUCAUAUGGGAUGCAUACCACAGGUUGAAAGUGUGAUUCAGAGAAAACUUAAGUUUCAUUCAUAACUUUAAAAUCUAUAGGUUUCUUAAUAUUUAUUUCUCCAUGAAAGGACUAAAACAGGGCAGCUUUGUGUUGUGGAGUAAUCAACAAUUGAAAUUCAGGCUAAAUCGGGAAGAAGCCAGCCGUUAAAGACCAAGACUAGGCCAGUGGGCCAUAUUGUGGUUUCACUGAAGAAACAUCUUAGAGAUUCAUAGCACUUCUGAGAUUUAAUGUUUACAACUUGGAGUUGUUGACCUUCUUAAACAUUUUGGAAGUCAAAAUGAAAGUUUUCUGUGAAGUUUUAGAACAGUUAUACAAGAAGGUACUUCUUGGAGUCACACUUGAAAAUGACAGCCAUGAUUACAUCUUUUAUCUCAACCCAGGAGUUUCAGAUCAAGAUUGCUCUACAGCCACCUCCUUAGAAUGGGCAAACACCUAUGGUAUCCAGGGCAGGCAUCAGCCUAUCUCUGUCGGUGUGGCUCCCAUUGCUGUAGCACCUGCAUGUUUGAAGACCAACUCUCGGAUGAGCAGUUCCAGAGAAGUAAUGCUCCUUCAGUUAACAGUGAUCAAAGUGAUGACAACCCGGAUAUUGUCUGUCAAAACUGAGUUCCAUGCAAAGGAGAAAUACAGAGAUAUAAUUAAAAUUCUCUUAGAAUCAGCCAAAGUUGAUUCUAAAUUAAUCUAUAUGUUCCAAAAUUCAGAUAAAUUGUUAUGUCACAUGGCCGCACAGUGCCUUGCAUUGCUUCUCUAUUUCCAAUUGAGAGAAAAGAUAACCUUAAGUAAUUCCUGGAUUGCUUUUUGCCAGAAAAAUCUUUCUGAAUACUCUGAGAGUAAUAAAGCAAUAUACUGCCUCUGGACUCUUACAGCAAUAAUAAAAGAAAUCUUUAAAGAUUCAUGUUCACAAAAAACAGAGAUUCUAAAGCAGUUCCUGACUCAUUUCGACACUAUUUUUGAAGUGUUUUACAAUUCCUUGUUCUCUCAGCAUUUUGAAAACUGCCAGGAUACUUCUAAAAUAGUAAAUAUCCUGAUGUGUUUCCUGGAGUUGCUUGAGCUUCUCAUAGCCUCCAGAAUCUACCUGAAGUUACAUUUCACUUGCCAGAGGAUUUUAUUUUUGAAACCAUCUUGCAUGCUAGAAGUUAUUACCUGGCCUAUUCAGGCUUUUGUCAAAAGGAAGGUCAUCAUAUUCCUCAAAAAAUGCCUUCUCUUUAAAGUGGGUGAAGACCUUUGUCGUGGAUCUGUGCCUCCCCUAAUGCCGCCAGACCGUCAUGUAGCGAUGGACAUGCUGGCUUUAGCUAAUGCUGUUUUGCAAGCUGUGAAUUCGGGGUUGUUGAAGACACUGUCUGUUUAUGGAAAACAUUCCUUUUUUGGAGGUGAUGAAGUUCAACCUGGAUGUGAACAUAUCGCUAGUCCAGAUCAUGUGAUCCUUAGAGCAGCAAGCUUAGUUAUAAUGAAAUCCUUGGAAAUCAAGUUUCAGAAUUGUUCUUCAGCAAGUGAAAUGAAAGUUGACUUACAGAGGUUCAUGUCUGAGUUAUUGACCUUCUUAAAGCCUCACCUUCAGCCCUCUCUGCAAUUACGCAAUCCGUGCAAAUGGCUGUCUAGGGUUUUCAUAGAACAAGACGAUGACAUGCUGGAGGCUGCCAAGGCAUCACUGGGCAUCUACUUAACACUGACCAGAGGAUGUGAAGCCACUGAAAGCUUGACCCAAGGAAAAGAAAUGUGGGACCAUCACACACAUGAAAAUGGCUAUAAUCCUCACUGUAUUUUCCUGUUCUUCUUAAAAAAUAUAGGAUUUGAUUCUACAGUUCUUCUUGACUUUUUGAUUUCAUCAGAAACCUGUUUUCUUGAAUAUUUUGUUAGAUAUUUAAAAUUACUACAAAAGGACUGGGAUAAUUUUUUCACCAUUUGCAAUAACUUUGAUGCAACUGAAUCUAAAUAUGACAUAAGUAUUUGUGACUGUGUCCCCUCACUUGUCCAAGACCAAAGCACCAACCGAACAAUACCCCAUCAUUUGACUGCUCCUCAUAGUCACAUAGAUGUGUGUGCUCAGCACUCCUGGGCUUCUGAUGCUCCCUCUGAACCACUGAAAGCUGUGAUGUCCAAGGGGACUGACACCAUGUGUACUUCUAGUCUGUCUUCCCCCUGGGCCUCUCAAAGUCUGGUAGAUUACGACAGCUCUGAUGAUUCUGAAGUGGAAUCUACAGACCAGUGUUUAGCUAACAGUAAACAGACAUGUUUACACCAACAAGCAACUAAGGAGAUUCAGGAUGCAGCUAGGACAAGCAGAGAUAAAGAAGAAUUUAGCCUUGAGCCUCCAUCAAGGCCUCUGUUUCUGAAAGAAUUUGAUACUGCCUUCUCCUUUGAUUGUGAAGUAGCCCCAAAUGAUGUCAUCUCUGAAGUGGGAAUAUUUUACAGAAUAGUAAAAUGCUUCCAGGAACUACAAGAUGCCAUCUGCCGUUUGCAAAAGAAAAAUCUUUUCCCAUAUAAUCCAACUGCACUUUUGAAGUUGUUAAAAUACAUAGAGGUGAUAAGUAAUAAAACUAUGAACACUUUGUAAA